AUGCCUCGCAGAGUAACAUUCCGCGAGGACGACGAAGUGUACUCCAUUGGCACACCGUCGCCCUCAUUGUCGGGCUCGACACUAUCGUCUCCCGAGCUAAACAGUCCACUCCAUCUGGACACGCAAUUACCACCUUCAACGAGCCCGUUGUUCGGGCAGUUCCCUGGUUCUUCUCCAGUUGUCUCGGUCGCCCCUCAAUUGGAAACGUCUCUAUCGGUUCCAAAGCCAGGGAGACUGCGGCCUUUCAACUAUGAUCUCUGGAGAAACCCAGACAACGACCCCUUCACGCCCGGGAAAUCUGUGACGCGAGAGCUCCUGGAACGCCCCGCAGUCCUCCCACCCGUUGACUCGAUGACGAUUGUCAUUCGAUCAUACAUUAUGCCUUUAUCCUUCGACAUCCGGCCUCACGGCCACAAGAGGGGCUAUCUCACCGUUGGGGACGUGUUAUGGGGGCUCUAUCGCAGUCUCAAGAAGCCGAUUGACCUGUCGGCGAUCCAGCCACAGGUUCGUCAGCAAGUCCUGCUCGACUUCCAAAACCGAGCGAGGACGCUGAAACAGAAAGAGGGGUCGCAGUAUGAGGAGCCGUCGAGAAUCGAUCUCCUCGCGAAGUGCCAUCUCUUCUCUGGUCUAUCGCUCGACGCGAAGACGGGGAAUUGGGAGCUCGUCGUUGAAGAAGCAUGA